ACAAAUUAAAGCUAGGAAUAUACGAAGGCCUAAGAUGCUGAGGGCAUUGCAACUGCAUUCCAAGCGCAAUUUACAAGGACCUCAUUGCGCCAGCUGAGCAGCCGCACUUUGCGCCACGCCUGGCUCACGUGAGCACGUGACGGUAUGAUUCAUGGCUAAGCUAAGCAAAGCAGACACGCCCCGCCGACCAGUCGGCCAAAGCUUUUAAAUCAACGUCCUUUCGCCACGUGGAACUCUCACGUUUCGAGAUAGAAAGAAACAGCGGCCGCCCAUUGGCCACAAUGCAAAGGGAAUGCCGUUAAUGAAAGGCAUUUGCUUUCUUGCAUUAAAGCCAAACCUUACCAAACUAAAGCCACGAGACUUUGGCUGUAUAAAUGCUGCGUCAGUUGGCUUCACCUGACCAAUUCCAAAGCUCCAAACAUUACUUUCAGAAAUGGAAUGGACCCGUGGAAGAACCAUUGGCCGAGGCUCCACUGCCACCGUCUCCAUCGCCACUGCUGAUCAGUCUGGUGAUGUGUUGGCUGUUAAGUCCUGUGAGCUCUCGCAGUCAGAAUCUCUUAGGAGGGAACAGAGAAUUCUGUCUUCUUUAAGUUGCCCACGAGUUGUGGCGUACAAGGGGUGUGACAUUUCAUCCGAAAAUGGUAUGCUUGUGUACAAUCUGUUGUUGGAAUAUGCACCAGGAGGCACCAUCACCGAUGCAAUUCAGAAGCAGGGCGGUCGCCUGGAUGAGGCCACGGUUCGAUCGUACACUCGUGGGAUUUUACAGGGGCUCGAGUUUCUUCACUCUAGUGGAAUAGUGCAUUGCGACAUCAAGGGUCGGAAUGUUUUGGUCACUGACGAUGGGGUGAAAAUCGCUGACUUGGGUUGCUCCAGGCGAGCUGAUGUGGUCCCGGGUGCCGCUUGGUCGGUUGCAGGUACGCCUGUUUACAUGGCGCCGGAGGUGGCGCGCGGGGAACAACAAGGAUUCCCUGCUGACUUGUGGGCACUCGGAUGUACGGUCAUCGAGAUGGCAACCGGACUGGCACCGUGGCCUGAUGUCGGCGAUCCACUAUCUGCCCUCUACAGGAUCGGAUUUUCACGGGAUGUGCCAGAAAUACCGAGCGAUAUAUCGAAGCAGGCAAAGGAUUUUCUAAGUAAGUGCUUGAGGAGAGACCCUAUCGAGAGAUGGACAGCAACCCAACUCCUUGCACAUGAUUUUGUAAAGGAAACAAAAGUUCCUCCAAUAAAGGGAACCAACGGUUCUGAAUUGAACACCCCCACCACCGUACUAAAUCUACAGUUGUGGGAUUCGAUGGAAGAGUUAGAGACAAUUCAGAUUCCUUCCAGGAAAAACGGUUUGAGCAAGAUUCUAAUGGAAAGGAUCCAGCAAUUGGGUGAAACCAAUCUUGUUUCAUCUUCAAAAUUGCCCGAUUGGGAAUGGGAUGAAAAUUGGGUAACGGUGAGAAGCAACAGCAGCGGUUUGGAAAUAGAAACGUUGUCUGGCAGACAAGAUAAAGAUGACAAGCUCUUACAUGCCGAUGAACCUGCAAGUAGCUGCGGGGGAGACAUGGCAAAGGUGAGCAAGGAUUAUGACUUGCUGGUCCACCAUUAUCCCACAAAGAUUAGUAGGAAAAACACUAGCGGAAAUGAAAUAUGUCGUUCCAGGACAUAUUGUAAUAAGUAUUCAGCUUAUCUCUUAUGUAGAAAAUUGAAUUCCUUGAAUAAAACAUCCUCUGUUUUCUGUAAUUUUGACUGCUGGCAGCUUUUUAUUUUUAAAAUGAACUUCGGUGCUGACAAGUAUAGCUUUGAAUGGUGUAUAUUAUACUUUGAGAUAGACCUUGAUGGGUCCAAAUUAGACAACCAAUGCCAUUGUAUUGGCUUUGUGGUUUUGUGCUUAACAUAGCACAAAGGGAUAAUA